AUGGAACACCAGCUUGGAGAACAAUGUCGCCUAUUUCCAGCGUCUUUCUGGCUCGCACCGUACCCCGAGGUCGACCUGGAGGUGAAUGUAAAGGAGUUGGAAGCAGAGGCCGGAAAGGACUGUCAUUUCUGCCAAUUCCUUGCUGCGUGGCGAAUGAAAGGCGACAUCUCGGAAUUUUGCUCAUACAAAAUCAGAAAGCUUGACUGGAGUAUGCCUCUCGGCGGUCCCCGCGGCUUGAUAUACUUCGGGUUGAGUCUCGAGAUAAGAGACCCUUGGCCUCAAUUUCUCGAUGAGGGCGAGGAUCUUCAUAAAUUGAUUGAGUGGCGGCGUCAGAACACCUCACAAAAAUGUGGAACUCUGUUCAGCCCAGUACGCUUGUCUGCACACUUUGGCGAAGCAGCUACUAGAAGCUACCCGUAUCAGCUCCGCUUCGACGUGACGGACUCACUUAUCUGGCUUCGAGACACAGAGAAGAAAAGCCCUGGAAGAAGUUCCUCUGCGUCCUGUGAGGCUAUGGAAUAUAGCGUGGCACUCAUGAAGAUGUGGAUUAGUAGAUGCGAGCAGAAACAUGGAGACGCUUGCCGCGCAGCGUUGACCGCUCAGGACUUCAUACCCACCAGACUUCUUGAUCUCGAAGCAUUCAAACGUGGCAAGCCAUUUACUUACAGAGACGACAUCAAACUCGUUAAUCUACGACUGGACACAAUAGGCCACAAUGACAGACAGCCGUCGUAUCUGACCUUAAGUCACUGUUGGGGACCCCCCGAAAAACGCCCUGCGACUACAACGAGGGCAAGUUUGGUGGCGAAUAUGAAUAGAAUCCUAUUCUCAAGUCUGCCAAAAACUUUUCAGGAUGCGGUCGAAAUUACACGAAGAUUGGGACAGCGGUACCUUUGGAUUGAUUCGCUCUGCAUAAUACAGGAUGAUGAAGCAGACUGGGCGCACGAGGCAUCGCUAAUGGCCAAGGUAUACACCCAUUCUUAUUGUACUCUGGCGGCUCUUAGCUCCAGCGACAGUAGCCAGGGGCUCAAUAUGGUACGGCCGGAUUUCCUUCUGAACCACGAGAUACGAGGCAACCAACACGACAAGUAUCGGGUGCAAGCAUGGAAGGGAACAAGGUCAGGAUGGUCGGGAGAAUAUUACACUUCAAGAGAUCGGAGCCCUCUUCGAUACCGAGCUUGGACGCUCCAGGAACGGGAACUUUCAACAAGAACUAUACAUUUCGGACAUCAGCAACUACUAUGGGAGUGCAUGGAGGGAAAAGCAUGUACCCAGCACCCUUGGCCCUUGUUCGAUCGAGGCCAAAUGACAUUGAGGAAGGCAAUGGCAAGUACGUCCGAGAUCGUGGUGUAUCAACCAAAGGAAAUGCGAAUGAAAUGGCAAAACCUUGUCGAGGAGUACUCUGGCCGAUCAUUGACAAUACCAACCGACAAGCUCAUUGCCCUCUCUGGAAUCGCACAGUCCUAUCAGGUUCUCUUUCCUAACGCAAAGUACGUGGCUGGACUCUGGAGCACCCAUAUGCCCCAAUGUCUGCUCUGGGCCAGUCCUGACAGAUCCGCCAGGCGAGCUUCAGAAUACAUUGCACCAAGCUGGUCUUGGGCAUCGCUAAACAGCUCCUCCUCCAUCAAGUUCUUACCAGAGCUCUUUUUUCAACCUGAUAACGGGUUUCCUGAAGUUGAAGAUAUGAAGGGAUCACCAAAGCAUAACGAUCCUUAUAGCGCUCUUACCGAGGCCACAUUGACGCUGCGUAACGCUCUGCUUGUGCAAUUCGAUUCUGAAAUCAAGCGUCUCGACGAGGUUUCGCGUUUCAGCGGAGGGCCUGAAGAGGAAGAUAAGAACCUAGGAGUCCUGACCAAGUAUGACGUUGUUGCUGGGUUGGCAUACCUUGAUGAUGCGGAUGAGCUGCUUCAUGGGACGGGAGAACUGGUGUGCUUGGUGAUUGGCAUCGAGGAUGUCGGUGGUGACACCAGGAAAACACCUGUAGAGCAUCAUUAUGCAGGGGAAUGGGAAUUUUGCCUUGAAGGACUUCUUUUGAGAAGGGUUGUACAAGAUGAUGCCUCUACAUGUACAUAUCGUCGGGUUGGCAUUGCUCGGUACAUCCCAGAACAUUUCAGAGCGGGCUUGGAACCCGGAAGAAUAACACUGAUAUAA